AUGUGCAAUGCCUUUGGCGUCCUCCUGCCCAUCUCCAAGCUCACACCUGAGCAGACUGCUUACCACUUCAUCACUAGCUAUACAGCCUUCUUGGCCCUGUUCCUUGUGUUCCACCCCAAUCUCUACACCAACAUUGAGAAGGUCAAGACCCACAAGGUCGACUGCUGGCUGGUCAACACUGGCUGGUAG